AUGCCACCACCGGUCUCCGUUUCGCCGAGGCCAGCGACAUCACCCACGCUCACGGCCAGUCCCAGCCCUGCAAGCACGGGCAACCCACAGACCUUGUUCGAGGACGGCGGGGGUAGUGGUAGUGGUACUGGUGCUGGUGGGGCUGGAGGAGGAGGGGGGGGGGCGUCAGAAAACCGGUUGGCCAACUUUCUUAGGGUUAGCGUGCCCGCUGGGGAGGAUGGAGCGGGAGCAGACAGCGUAAUGAUGGAAAGCGACGAGGAAGGGCAGGGUGGACUCUGCUGCUUAGUCACGGAUUGCGGGCGAGCACGCAUAUCCUCCGACUACUUCUGCAGUCAGCAUAUGGACAAAGCCAAACGAGUGUCGUGGAAGGCGGCGAAGAGAAUGGUCCAGACCAUGGGCAAAGGGCUCUACAGCAUGAGCACGGUCGUGCAGGGGGAGAAGCUAGGACAGUUCCUCGACACGGAGAUGCCGUCUAUGGAUGACCUCAAGCCCGAGAUUCUGUCGGAGCGCUUCCAACGGCAGGAGACUAUUACCUUGGGGGAAGCCCUUUUCCUCAUCGACCAGGCUUUGGAGAUCCUCAAGACGGAGCCCAACGCCCUUGAGCUGAAGGCGCCCAUCAAGAUCGUGGGAGACUUGCACGGGCAGUUCUUUGAUCUCAUCUCCAUGCUUGAAAAUUGUGGAACACCUCGUGACGGAGCAAGCUAUCUGUUCUUGGGAGACUACGUAGAUCGCGGGGAGUUUUCUUGCGAGGUGCUGCUGUACCUUCUGGCGCUAAAGGUGGCACACCCGAUGAAGGUGCACCUUAUCCGCGGCAAUCACGAGUGCCGAAGCCUUACCACGCACUUCGGAUUCAAGGAUGAGUGCAAGUCCAAGUACGGGCUGCCGGUCUACUACCGCUUCUUGCGAUGUUUCGAGCUCAUGCCUCUCUGCGCGGUGAUCGCCAACGACCAUGGGAGAUAUUUCUGUACCCACGGUGGCAUCUCGCCAGACCUCACGAGCUUGGACCAGAUCGCCGCUCUUAACCGCAGAGCGGAGCCGGAGAUGGAGGGGUUGUUGUGCGAUUUGCUCUGGGCGGACCCUUCGGACGAUCCUGGAGUCACCAACAUCGAGUCGCUCUCCGACCAGGAGCUGGACAGUCUGUUGAACAGCACCUUUCAGUUCAACCGGCUGCGAGGGUGCAGCGUGGCGUUCGGAUACCUGGCGGUCAGGAGGUUUCUCGACAAUAACCACCUCAUGUGUGUUAUCCGGGCGCACGCCGUACAAGAGGAUGGCUACUACCGACAUUUCGAGAAGGCCCUCAAGAAGCGCGAAGUCGAUGGCGACAAGGAGCUUCCUCCUGUCAUCACCGUCUUCUCGGCCCCCAACUACUGCGAUAGAUACGGCAACAGGGCGGCGGUGCUUGAGCUUCUGUGUGAGGAACUAGAGCCGCAGGUGGAGCACUUCGAGUGUGUCGAUCACCCGGACAGGCUCAACCGCCCAGACAGGUCUGAGGUGCACCUGACGGCGCUGAUCGAGUCUUGCCCCUACAUGCCCACCACCUUCCGGGACUUUGUGAAGCUUGCGGGAAGGAUGGGGCCGGCACAACCCCUUGAGGACGGCGGUGAGGCUAGCGAAUCGAGCAGUGUUGUGGGUACGGGAUGCUCCGUCGGAGGUGACAUGGCUUCGGAGCACGAGGCAUCUACCAAGGGAUCUGAUCCCUCCAGCCCACCCCAGGCGAGAAAGGACCGGAGCUUGACAGCGCAUGACCUGUACGAGCUUGAGGCGGCGCACGACAGGAUCAACGAGUUGCACCCCGACUACCUAAACGCUCGUAUCGAGUCGUGCGAGGACGAGGGUGUCAGUAGGCUCAGCACCAAGGCCAACACGCCCUCCAGCGUGAGCUCGCUCGUUCACUCCACCACUAAGAUCACGGUGAGUGAGCUUCGAAACAGGUUCGAUCCCGCGGCGAGGGGUGGGCCUGGAGCGGGACACGCGGCGCCUCUCCCGGUUGACAUGGGAAAGCCCAGCAGCACCGUGAUGCAGAUCACCAACAUCUUCGAACACAAGGCUCGGGCAGAGAGGCGAAAGUUGCACGUUCGAAACGGCAGUGGUUCAGGGGGCAUCGUGUCUCAGAUGAAGGCAUCGAUCGAGUCCAAAGCAAAGGCGAAGGCGGCCACGGGCAGCCCUAGCACGGCCGGCGCGCCAAACAGUACCAAGCAAAAGAUCAACGUGUUCGAAGCACUCACGAAGCGGACUCGCAGCGAUACGGUGGCCUCCAAGCUGACGAGGGUAAAGGACUCCGCUCUCGCCCGCCGCAUCUGGGUGGACAAGGUGGCCGGAUCGCCCCCUCCCAUGUGGGGCGGGAAGGCCCCCCCGGGCCGAGUGUUCGGAAGGGACGACAAAAAGGGUGGAGGGAUAGGCAAGGGAGGCGAUGGCACCGGUCACAUUCACAUCGCGGCCCGUGGGGCGCCUUGGGUGGGACAGAGCAGGUCCAACAGCGGCGGCAAGAAGACGUCCAUCGUGUCGCCGAGAAGGCAUUCUUCCAACACCUCCGCCUCAAACAACGGAAAGUUCCCGCCGCCUCCCCCCCCGGGCUUGGCGCAAUCAGGCGAUGUUGGUGUUCGUCGCGGCGUUGGCAAGCUCGGGAAGUCGUCUGCGCCAUGGCACUCGACCUCUCUCCAGGGCAAGAGCGACGAUGACGACGAUGCAUCAUCGCCUCAGCAGGGCCGGCGACGAUCAACCCUGGGUGGCGAGGCUGACGGAGAGCAAGCGGCGUCUGGAGGCUCUGCGAUGAUUGAUUCCAGAUCAACGACGACGACUUUGCCCCAAGAAGCCGGCUCGAGCGCCACGGCGCCAUCGGCAUCCUUGGAACAGACCUCGGACAACGAGAAAGGCGUGCAAGGCGUGGGCUAUGAUUAUGAUGGCCACGACAAGGAGAAGGAGAAGAAUAUUCCCUCGCCGCCCACUCUCACUCGAAGGGGCACUCUUGCGGAGGACUGCGCCUUCACGCACGCCGAAAUCCUGGGGCUCAAGCUUCUCUUCGCCCUCAUGGACCAGCGCGGGAGUGAGUUCAUCGACGGAGUUGCGUUGGAGGAGUACGCCGAUGAACAGGACGACUACGCGCAAGAGAGAGAGAUUGAGGCCUGCAUAAAGGCGGUCGACGUGGACUGCGACGGCAAGAUAGGGUUGAUGGACUUCAUCUGCUUUGCGGCGCGACUCAAGUGCUACUACGAAGGAGGAGUGGGUCUCCAAAAAACACUCAACCACGCUGGCACGAAAAAGCGGCCGUCGGGGAUGUCCAUGCCAGGGGACUCCGACAGCGAUGACGACGAUGACUCGGAGAUGAUGCCGAUGGCAGUGGCGAUCGCGAUGGCAGUGAGGGCACCGAAGAGCACCCGGCGGAGGGAAGAGAAUGCCAGAAGGGCAAGAAAGGCGGGGAUGGCAGCGAAGGUGGAGGCCUGGGCGACAGCGGAUCGAAGUCCGGCGACGGAGAUGGAGAUGCGGUGUUUGUGGUUGCCUCCGGCUCCACAACCGCGGUCCUUGAGAAAGCGCCGGCCAGUGGCACGGGUGGUGAUGCCGAUGUUGUUAAUACCCGAGGCCUUCACCUUCACAGUCACAGUCUCACUCACACACGCCCGCCGAAGGCAGUGACGACGCCAGCGCCUGCUUAUGGCACCAACUCGCAAGGAAGAGCAGCAGCAGCAGCAGCAGCAGCAGCAGCAGCAGCAGCAGCAGCAGUACCAGCAGCAGCAGCGGCAUGGCCGGCAGCUUCAUCAGCGGCGUCAUCGCCAGGAGCGCCUAUCGAUUCUCGUUCCCCCAAGCCGCGAUUUUCGAGAACGCCUUCAGAAGCUGCACUGGACGUGAUCUCGGUGUCGUCUGUGUCUGCGGCUUUGUCCGCGGCGGUCAAGGCCGUCUCCACGACAACAGAUGUGGAGGAAUACAGCAGCAGACCACCCUUCGCCCACCACCACCACAGGGCCCCAACGGAGUGAAUGAACUAAUACUCACUCACUUCUAAAUUGUUCUAGCAGUACAAGUAUUUCCGACUGUCGCCAUAGAGGGGAUCCACCCACUCAAUCAAGUGGUGCGCCAGCUUUGCUGUCUAUUUUUUAUUCCCCGCUGCGUGGUAACACAGCACUGGUGUGUUGUGUGGUAUGCAUACAUGCGAUCAUAUACGAUAUUUCUGUUGUGAUUUGUCUAGCUGGCGGUGGCAGAGAGUGUCGUUGGGAGCUAGGGGUGCCUCCGCGAAAGUUUGUGUCGUUCGAUGUUGAAGGGGGGGCGUGGGGGGAUAAAUUGUUAUAUUACCGGUGUCACUGCUCGUACCUUGACGGCUCGAGAUGAAAAAUAGCAACACUCUCAACACUCCAUAAUGUUCUCACACGUGUAAGGAAGGGCUAGGACGGUGUACUUUUUUGUACUUCUAUUUUUUAAAAGAAAGUAAUGAAGACAAGGUACGGUAGUCGCAUCUGGUGUGUACCUCUUAUUUGGACUCAAUCAAUAGGUAGAGCGGUACCCGGUGCUGCCAAAGGCGCAAGUAAUGUUUUUAUUAGUCCCAAGUUUUAGUGGCAGGCAAAAGCACCAGUGGUAUUAUUUUGUGGAGUGUUUUUUCGGUAGUGUCCCUCUUGUCAUGAAUCAGUCAUUCAGCCAUAGAGUCUGGUGUGAACAGAGAAGAAGAGAAAACUCGGGUGGUAUCGUAUCAUCAACUUAAGGAAGGUGUAGCGACAGCAACGUGUUGAACGAUGAACAUGAAGGACGUUAAAAGUGUGGCGGUGUGUAAGUUGGCGUAACCCUUGGCCUCUCGCAGUAGUCUAAUGCAGAGGUAGCCAUGCGGGGUUGCAACCAAAGUUGCAUGCAAUUGAAUCGAGUUGCAAGCCGGAAUCCUCGCCGGGGAUGGAGUACCGCGUACCUACACAGCUACACAUGGGGCGGCGGGGGUUCUUCAGCUAGUCUAACUGCUGUCGCAAUCGCUCGUUGGUAGGUGCAUCAGCCUGUUCAACGGAGACACGUGAUAAUAUUGGAUGGGACGAUGACGUAGUCUAGCUUCGUGUUCGAUUUUUUUUUAUGUGAUAGUUGGACCAUGAUGGCACACUUGCCCUGCCACCCUCUUUGUGUUUCGGCUUUUUUGCCCCCAAGUACCCUGUUCCGUAGCACCUCCUGCGCGGCUCGCAUUUAUUACUCACAACAUUCAGCAGGGUGUGUGUAGAGGAGGUAGUGGCGUAGACGUUGAUUUGAUGUCUUGUCGAACGUAAGUCUCAAACGAGAUAUGUAGUCUGUCUACGUUUGCUUUCAUUUUGUUUGUGUGCUUUUACGAACAGAGUGCGUUUUGGGGUUGAACAACCACUUGGGCUGGCUAGCUAAAUAGACGUGCGCCUAGGGAUAAGGAUGAAUGAAAACUCGUGUUUCUUUU